CUUUUCUUUUUCUUUUUCUUUCUCAACUUCUUCCUCCUGCCGCCGCCUCCUUCUUCUCCCCUUCUUCUUCCUUCACCCAGGCACUUCCCUGCCUCUGUGUCGCGCAUGCUUCCCCCAUGGCCGGCUCCCCUACCUCCCUCUCCCCGCGGGCUCCCUCUUCCCUGGCCUCGCGCGCCGCCUCCCCUGCUUCGCCCUCCACCGCGCCCGACGCGCGCGUCGCCCGCGUUCGCCUCGCCGCCGCCUGCUGCCCCUGGCCAGCGCCGCCUCUUCCUGUCGCCGCGUGCUUCCCCUCGCUCCACGCCGUCGCCCGCGCCUCCUCGUCUCCCCCGCGCAUGCCCUCUCUCCCUGCUCCGCCCUCUGCUUUCCCGAGCGCCGCCCGGCCGCGCCUCCCCUUCCCCGUGCCGCCCGAUGCCACCGCACACGUCGCCCUCGCCCCUGCGCCGCCUUUCCCCAUCGCCUGGCCGCCCGCGCGCCUACCUUGCUCCCCCGCUCCACCUCCCCUUGCUCCUGGCCGCGCCGCCUGCAACCGCUCCGCCUCCCCGUCGCUCGCCUCCACCGCGCCUCCCCUUCCACGUCGCCUAGUGCCGCUCUGUCCCUGGCCUCCUCUGCUGCCAGCGCCCAUCUCCUCCGGCCUCCUCUGUUGCCGUCGCCCAAGCCCGCAGGCCCAGCUCCUCGUCCUUGGCCCAUCUCCAAGCCCGGUCCAAGCCAAGCCCGUGGCCUUCUUUCUUUUCUAUUUUUCUGGAAUUGUGCCCCUUAGGUGUGGGCCCUGCCUGCCAGCCGCUUGCUGUUGCCGCUGCUGUGUUGCCACUGCUCCGCGUCGAGACACCUCGCUGCUGCACAUGUUGCUGCCACACAUCGUCGGCACCGUGGAGACGAACAUCGCCUCGAACCCUGGAGCCGGAGCCAUGAACGACUACGACUGUGACGAUUGAACGACUACUUCGCCUAUGACGGCUACAUCGUGUACGACUACCUCGACUACGUCGACUACUUCCUCUAUAUCGCGACGCCGCACGUGUCCAAGAGGUUUCAGCAGAACAGGUGAGCUGUUAGCUUUGUGAAGCACGACGUUGGAUUCGAUGUUUAGCCAGGGGAUCUAGAUCAGGGUUCCGAGACUCGUCGCGGGUUUCCUUCCAGCUUCCAGCCUCUUCAGGCCAUGCUGUAUUCUUGUCCGUACCCGGGCAUAAUUCAACUUCCGCUGAUGUAAUGAUGUAAUGUUGGGACAUGUAUCCUCUCUUUGUAAUAAUUGUUAUUCUGCUCCUUGUAUGAGCUUUGUAAUUACUCUCUUCCGUAAAGUUUUGGUAAUGAUAUUCAUGUUGCAAAAUCCUGCGAUGACCACAUUAAUGCGUGUAUGUAUUGAGGUGUUUAUCGUAGGUUAAGAAUCUGAGGCUUGAAUUA